CCGCGGAAGAAAUAUACAGUGCACAGCAAUGGUGGCUCCAGAAUUCUGAACAGCCAUUUAUAUACAUUGAUUAUUAAAGUGGGCGACACACAGCACAUACAGGCGUGCACAGGUGAAUCUGUUUAUUCGUAUUAGAAGAAGGAGCGGAAGUCAAGUGCAAGAUGGAGAACUGCAGCUUCCACAGCCAGCUGCUGUCCGUCAUGGAGGUCCUGGCCAAGGCAGCGGUGGCGGAGAUAAACCGGCGUGUGGAUGACAGCUGCGCGGUGCUCCGGGUGGAGGUGAGCCAGAGCCGGCGGGACAUCGACCAGCUGAAGAGGAAGUGUGAGGCGAUGGAGGCAGAGCUGAGGAGGACCAGGAUGAGAGCCAGGAGGAAAGUGUUUUAUCCUCCAGCAGCCGAGAGGUUCUCUCCUCUAGUCAAAGUCGUGUUGAACAGAGAGAGACAGAGCACAGGAUGGGACAGACAGGUGGAUGCUGAGGAUCAAAAUCAACCCCAGCAGUGUGCAGACAUGGAGCCGGCUAAUGAAGCUGAACACGUACUGAUCAAAGAGGAGUGUGCAGAGGAGGACAUGUGGAAGAACGACUCAGAGGACAAGCUGAUCACUAAAGACGAGCAGCCGCCAUCUUUCGAAGCCUCACAACCUGCCCAGACUGACAACUCCGUGGAGCGACGCUACUCGGCUGAGACCCCCGCUGACCCUGGAGCUCUGGUUUCCCCGACGGACGGCUACAUCUCUUUCCCCGAGCAGCAGCUGAACGGAAAGCAAACUGAGGCAGAACUCGGGGUGAAACACGAGAGAGAGGAAGAGCCCGAUGAGAACGCAGCUCCUCUUGAUUCAGCCCACAAGUUUGUGACAGAGGAAGGUGGCGGGCCGCUGUGGCCGUCCAAUCUGUGCAGAGACGCCCCUGAUCCGAGCUUCUCGUACGCUGGGCAACAGUAUGAGCCGGUUCCCUCUGUGUUCCCAUCUCAGAGUGGGUUGCGUUUGGAAGACCUGGUGCCUCAAAUUCACUCAGUCGGGAAAUCACAUUCAGUCGUGGUGAGCGCAGCACGAGUGAAAAGACGAGCCAGAACGUUUGGAUGUAAGCGACCACAACCAGAUGAAGGACACAGUGCUCUGUCUCAGAUUAACACCAUGGAUCAGUGCAUGGUUCCGCAACAAUCACAGCAUCAGCACAGAGACUCCGCGCCUCACGUGACGAACCCGAACCAGCAUCCGACGCCGCCAAACCCAGCGGCCUCUUCCUUCUGCGGGCACAGCCGCGGCAGCUUUGGCCUGGCGAGGAGGAUGAGGACGCCCUGGAGGUCCGGCAUCGGCGAGAAGAGAUUCAGCUGCACGUACUGCGACAAAACGUUCAUGAGGUUCAGUCAGCUCAAAGAGCACCUGAGGAGUCACACGGGGGAGAAACCGUUCAGCUGCCUGCAGUGCGGCAGGAGCUUCACCAAACAGUGCAACCUCAUCAGACACGCCGUGGUGCACAGCGGAGAGAAGCCCUACGAGUGCUCGCUGUGCGGGAAGUGCUUCACCCAGCGCUCCAGCCUCAAGUCCCAUCAGAAAACAGCGCACUGAGUUUACAGGGUUUCGUUUUGUACAUCUGACUCCUGCGUUUAGUAAUUCAAGAAACAUUCCAUGUUUUUCACUGUAGCUAUGCGAUAUAUUGAUAUGAUUGUUUUUAAUAUAAAAUAUGUUUUUUUCCUGCUGCUCAAGGAAGCCACUAGUUUUCCGUACAGUAUGACAAACAGUUAGUGGCCUCUUGAACCUUACUUUGUCCUCACUGCGUUACCUCACAACAAUAAAUACACUCUAUGAACAAAAGUACUGGGACACCUAGACAUUACUUUUAUGCCCGUUUUUUUUUUUUGCCCGUUUAUCCAUAAGAGCAUUUGUGACACUGAUGUUGGACACGAGGGCCUGGCUCGCAAUCUCCAUUCUCGUUCAUCCCUAAGGUGUUUGAUAGGGUUGAGGUCAGGGCUCUGUGCAGGCCAGUCAAGUUCUUCUACACCAAACUGGGAAACCCAUUUCUUUAUGGAGCUGCCUUUGUGCAGGAGGCAUGUUGUCUAAAAAUGUAUGUUGCAGCAUCAAGAAAUGAGCCAAAACAUGCUAAACCACUGGUAUGGUCCUUUAAAUGUGUAACUUCCUGUUUUGAAAGGCUAAUCUGACUAGGUGAGGUAAACAAAUAGUGAAUACUUUGGUCAUAUCAACAUCACUAAUUAUCUUAUUUCUUAAAAAAAAAAAGUGUAUAAUUACCUUUGGAAAAGCACCAACAGUCAUAUUGUCACAUUAUAUUGUGAGAGUACUUGUUUUACAUGUUCUAUUGUUGUGACACACAAUGAUGCACCCAGAUAGGAAUAUGGAUUAUACACUCAUUAAAAAUAUCAGAGAUAAAGAA